AUGAAGAAAGGCACAAGUGCGAAACAAGAGAACAGCAACGUGUGCCAAACUCUUCAAUGUAAAAAUGCUGCUAACACAAUCCGGGAGAGCAUCGAUCCCGAGGUAUCGCCGUGCGAUAACUUUUAUAAAUUUGCCUGUGGAAAUUUUUUAAAAACUACACACGUUUCAAAAGAUAAAAUGAGUGUCGACAGUUAUAGCCCCCUUCAUCCUAAAAUUGUGAAUCAACUAAAAAGCAGCAUUGAAGAACCAGUCCAAACCAAUGAACCAAGAUUUAUCACACUAUUAAAAAACUUCUACAAUGCUUGCCUGAAAAUGAAAGUGACUGAAAAAAAUGCUCGUCAUACAUUAAUAGAAAAAUUAAAAAAUAUGGGUGGCUGGCCUCUGCUUGAAGGAGACUCGUGGAAAGCGCAAAAAUUUGAUUGGGAACAGGCAUCUUGCAGCAUGGUGAAUGAGGGGCUUCUAACUGAUAGCUUAUUUGCCUUCGAUAUAGUCACAGAUUUUAAAGAUAGUACGAAAAAUGUUUUGGAUAUCGACCAACCAAUGAUUCGUUUUGAUCGCGAUGCUUUAGUAAAAGGGUUCAGUGACAAGUCCGUAAAAGACUACUUUCGUAAUAUGGUUGAAACGGCAGUAAAAUAUGGUGCAAAUAAAGCAAAAGCAGAAAAUGAAUUAAGGGAUGUCCUCGACUUCGAAAUAGAGCUCACCACUAUCACCCUGAGAGAAGAAGAAAGACAUAAUCAAACUGCUCUCGAAAACCUAAUGACAGUAAAAAACCUCACAACAACAUACCCGUUUGUUCACUGGAAGAAAUACUUCAACACAAUUCUCAAAUCGGCUUUCGUAAUUGGUGAUGAGGAAGUAAUAAAAGUGAGCGUGCCUACUUUUUUCGCAAAACUAGGACCACUGUUGAAAAAAACUCCCAAAAAGGUGCUGGCUAAUUACCUCGUUUGGCAAGUACUUGAAGGUCAAAUUCAAGGCUCAUUCUCUAAGGAAGAAUGCCUUAGUAUGGCAUCUGAAUAUCUAUCUGUGAAUUCUGGGGCUAUAUAUGUCAGGAAAUAUUUCACACCAAAAUCGAAGAAAAGUGCAGAAGUAUUGGCAGUCAGUAUUAAACAGCAAUUCAUUAAAAUGCUAAAAAAGGUCGACUGGAUGGACGAAAAAACAAGGACGAGUGCUUUGGCUAAACUUAAAUCUAUGAAAAACGUCAUUGGAUAUCCUGCUGAAAUUCUUAAUGACAAGACUGUAGACGAAUAUUUCAAGAAAUUAGAAAUAACUCCGAAUGAUUUAGUUCAAGCAAACGCAAACCUGGACAGUUUUUUGACAGACCAUUCUUUCAGUAAUCUGAGGAAGACUAUAGAAAAAUCAGAUUGGCCAUGGGUAUCCUGCGCUCGAACUACAAUUGAUAUACGCACAGAUUAUGAUGAACAUUUAAACCGUCUUUAUGUCCCUGCCGGAAUUCUACAAGACAUUUUCUUUUAUCCGGAUAGACCUCAGUAUCUGAACUAUGGUGGAGUAGGUGCGUUUGUGAUUGGAAAUAAACUCACUACUGCUUUUGAUAACAAAGGUAGACAAUAUGAUCAAAAUGGAAACCUUAGGGAUUGGUGGUCACCAGGAACAACAACAAAAUUUCUUCAGAAAGCUGCUUGCAUUACUCAGCAGUACAAAAAAUAUACAGUAAAAGAUGGCAGCAUGAACUCAAGUGGUACCAAAGUGGACAGGAAAAACAUUGCAGACAAUGGAGGGGUAAAAAUGGCCUACUUAGCCUAUCAAGAUUGGGUAAAACGUAACGGACCUGAACCCACAUUGCCUGGAUUAAAAUAUUCCCAAUCACAACUUUUUUGGAUUCAAGCAGCUAUGACGCAAUGUGCGAAAUAUACCCCAGAGUAUCUGAAAGACUUCAUUACUAAUCCCCAGGGAUUGAUCGAUGACUUAUCAACUCCAUCAGAAUUCAGGGUCACAGGUGUAUUUGCUAAUAUGCCAGAAUUUGCAACAGACUUUAGUUGUAAAGCUGGCACAAAAAUGAAUCCAGUUAAAAAGUGUUUUUUAUGGUGA